AUUGCUAGUCCGUAGCGUCAGUAGAACGGCUUCCAGCAGGAAACACGCGGCCAACGUUGUUCAGUCAGUCUCGUGAGUGUUGAACGUUCGGAUCGGUUCUCGGUUAGCAGAUGUUUGCUUCUAUCUGCCUGUCUGAAACAGUUUGACUCGAUAUUCUUGGUAGAGAAAUUUUCGAUUACGUACGGCACAAUCAGUCAGAUAGCUUUGCUGCUGAAUGGUUAGUGGAGCAAACAACGACGAGGUAAAAUCGGAACCAAAUGCAUUUCUUCCGCUAUUGUAGUGCUGAAUAGAGUGCAUCAUAGUGAGGCAGUGAAAGUACAGGAGGUGUAUAUCCUCUGUAUGGAGCAGGGUAUCGUAGUUGAUUGCAUUACCGCAUUUGAUGAAUGAUGAUUGUGGAUCAUUUUGUUCUUGGCAUAUUUUUUAUGAGUCAGUGAGUUUGCCGUUUGGUGAAGCUAGCAAGUAGUGAUUGAAUGUUAGAGAAGUCUUCCGCUCGAGAGUGAAGUGGAGACGCACGGUGGUUGAUAUCGAAGGAAUAAUAUCAAAGAUUUCUUCUAUUGAUUCGCCGCUAGCUGAUGAUUCGGAUGCAAUCAGUCGUGAACUAUUGGGUCUUGGAUUGAAAAGGAAUCAAUAAUCUCCUUUCGACCAUAACGGUUGGGUUUGAGUGAAAGGAAGAAAAACCAGGUGGAAAAUUUCCUUUCCAAGUGGAUGUUAAUCGAAUUUGUGCACGGAUUGCGAUACUGGCUGUCAGGAAAUACGCAAGUGGCGCUACUCAUCCUAAAGUGUUCUCGCGUUUCCUUGGGAAAAGUUUCGGGAGCCUCUAAGCAAAUCAAAAUACUCUUCAGCAAAGGUUAAUCAAACAGUGUCGUGAUCUGAGCUGAAGGUGGAAGCGGAGUUAGGGCUUAUUUCCUCUUGAGUUUCACUUUCUAAGCCAUACCAAGAAAGUUUACAUUCUUUCGCCGUUCGCUCGAACCGGAUCAAGGUAGUCGUUGAAGCUGAAUCAACCUGUUUAUGAAAGUUUCAGCGUAAUCAAAACUCGAAUAGUGAUUAAUGAAAACAUCAGAAAUGUGUAUGCGCAUAAAGAAACAAAUAGAAUAAGGAAAGUCAAAUGAAAGUGAUCCAAACGAAACCGCAUUCCAUCCCGGCAUCAACUUUAGCUAUAGAUAUUCGAGUUAUAGAAGUUCACUUGAAUGGUAAAUAAGGGAACCUCCCGUUGAACAAAUAUUCUGUGAACAUUUUGGAUUAAGCCAUCGAGCCAAGAGAUUGCGAGCCAACUCGCAGAAGCUGUUGAAAAUGUUGGAUAAACGACGACUAGCCAGACGAGUCUGCUACCGGAUACUGGCACUGGUGCUGAUGAUGUUUUUCGUACAAGGUGAACAGUGAGAUUGACAUGUCCCUCAUUAUACCGAAUCCGUUGCACGAUGAAGGCAAGCACGCAUCAUGAGAUCUCCUUACUGACACUCAUUGGACCGUAUGAAUGAAACGUAGCAAGCUUGAGUUUCGGUGAAUCGACGUAAUUUAUAAUACUGAAAACUGUUACAAAAACGAAAAUGAUCAGGCACAACGACGUCCCCCUCGCAUUAUCCGGACAGCAAUUUCUUGGACGAAGACAAAUACUCACCCGGUUUCCUGACCCUGGGACAAAAGUACAGCAUAGCCAUCGGGUCAACGGUAGUAUUGCCGUGCAAAAUUAAUGAGACAGAAAACUCCAGCCACUAUGUAUUGGCCUGGAAGCGGGACAUCGCCGUGCUCACGGCCGGCACGGUCAAAGUUACCGUAAAUCCCCGAAUAAGGUUGAUGCCUGUGCAGGGACAAGCCGAUUCACAUGGCACACUGUCGACUGGAUAUAAUCUGGAAAUUCGGGACGUCCGGGUAAGCGACGCCGGCGAUUACAUUUGUCAGAUUGGCUCGAUGGAACCGAAGGAGAUUGUGCACACGCUGGAGGUACUCGUUCCGCCCAAGAUUGAUUAUGUCUCGCCGGUGAACAAACUGGACGUGCACAAGGGCACCCAGGUACGAUUGGAGUGUCGAGGAUCCGGUAACCCGGCACCCAAAAUCAUCUGGUCCCGAAGGAACAACGUGCUACCUAAUGGUGAGGCGAACAAAACCGGAAACGUGUUCGAUGUGAUGCAUGCGACCCGUCACACCAGUGGCCAUUAUAAAUGCACCGCCGAUAAUCGGGUCGGCCAACCAGACAGCAGGGAAGUCGUGGUCAAUGUGCUCUACCCACCCGAAAUCGAAGUAGAGCAGCAAAUCGUUCACAGUGGUGUCGGACACGAGGCUCAAUUAGUGUGUAUCGUCCAUGCCGAACCAGCGCCAAACGUGAUCUGGUAUAAGGAAACAACCCAGCUGGGCACCACCGAGCAGCAUUCACAACAGGUCCGUGGUAACAAGCACAGUCUAAUAAUUCGGAAUGUCACAUACCUGGAUCUCGGCAACUAUACUUGCCAAGCUUCAAACAGCCUGGGCAAGGACCGUAGCGCUCUCACUCUGAGCGGUUUACCAACGAUCUGCUACUUCGACUCGCCAACACUGAGCAGCUACCGGGACCAGUACAACAUCUCCUGGACGGUCCAGAGUUACUCCCCUAUCCGAGAGUACCGGUUGUUCUACCGUCUGCAAUCAUCAUCCAAAGCACAUCUGCUGCACACGGCCGGACAUGAAAAGGUGCUGGAUAAUCACAUCUAUAAUAACCAGGGUGGCAUGCACAAUAUGUACAGCAACAACCCAUAUAGCUCCAGCACCGGAGCACAUCUAGGCGGUGAGCAGUGGGAAAACGUGGUAAUUCCAGAGAUGCUAACCGAUUAUAACAGUAUUCACGGAGGACAUUACUACAACUCACCGUACAGCUAUCAGACCGGUACACGGCAUCGGAUGAGUUUCCAGCUGAAGAAGCUACAACCAGGCAGUAACUACGAAGCCCGUGUACAAGCCCGGAACGACCAUGGAUGGAAUCGGUUGUCUAGCAUAUUCCACUUUGCCACCCGAUCGGAAGACAUGGAGCUAGAACCAUCCGCCCAGCCGGCCGUGCAUGGUGCUGGUCUUCUGGACAAGGGUCUGCUAAGCAGUAGUAACGCGGUCGCGCCUGUUUUCCAUAAAUCAUCAACCCACGGUCUGCUGGUGCUCGUUAUAGCGAUCGUACCCUCGCUAGUAGGCAUUGUGGUAGGUGCGAUGGCGUCACGGCAGCAACAGCCCAUCUUAUCGACAUGAUUUGCAUCGUUUCCGUAAACCAGUCCAAUAAAUCACUAGACGAUCUACGCAACUAAUUAAGGCUUAACAGAACGGCAAACACAACUACUGUGAGAAACGUACAGAAAACACAAUGCCAAGCCGGGCAAAACUUGGGUACAUAACACUAUAAACUCUUCAGUUAUCGUUCAAUAACAUUGUCGCGAAUGGUAACAGUAAGCAGAAUUGGAGAGAAUGAGUCUCGCAAGAUUUUUCAAGUUGGUUGUAGAUUUGUUUAAUUUAGUCAAAUCCAGCAAGAUUGACGAUUUCAAACGUACUGGUAUCUAAAAGUUAAAUUAUAUGUUGAAAAGAAUACUAAUUUUAGUUCACUGACCUCAUUCAUUCUAUGUUAUACCAAAGAAAUAGGCAAAAUUAAUCGAAACAAGAGACUUUGAGAAGAUCACAUAUGACACUAAAAUAAUUUUUAAGUAUGAUUAAAAUCAAAGAGUAAAGUAGUGUAUAUUCAUUCUGCAAACGAAGAUCUAGAGUACAGUUAUUUUACAAUCUGUAAAGUUGAAAACUUGUCGUGAACAAAGUGUAGAAACAAAUUUAUUCAGUCUCCUGGUAGAAAGCUGAAUCAGCAAAUCAGACAAAAAUUAUCCGCGACCAGCGUAGUGACCUUAAUUUUUUCUCUAAUUUUGCCGGAAAAUUUUUUCACAACCAAUCAAUCCAAAUACGAAAUUCCGAUACAUCGCGAAAUUAUCUUUUCACUUUGCUUUUUUGAAAACGGUAAACUGUCAGACAAAUUUUAUUACGUAGGUAAAAGAUAUUUGUAAGUUGAUUGAAUAGAUAUUAUAGGUUAAGCCUUUCUGAAUAUAGACACACAUCACUAGCUGAUCGAGAAAAAAACUAAUCAGUAUUCACGUACACAGUCAACGGCACCUUGCGUUUAAUAUUUUAACAGCUUGAUAAUCAGUACGAGCGAAUUUUAAAUUUGAGAAAGUAAAUAUAAACAAACCCAUUUUACCGCCGAAUAAUCGUGAGAAUAUUUUUCUGUACAUAAAAAACAUUUAGGAAAAAAAUAAAACAUCAAAGUAAGAAAUGUUCAUCAAAACGUAGAUCCAGAUCAUCAAAAAUGCCAAAGUCUAGAAAAAUAAUACAGUAUAGCUAUGUCAUGUCAACAAUCGCUUGUAAACAAUAUGACACGCAUACAUUCAUGCAAAACAUGUAAAUUCGAUUAAUUUUCAUAACUUUGUUUUCGUGGGACCAUGUCAAACGGGAAAAUAAUAAUAAAAUGAUUACCAAACCACACACUGGAGCAGAAACAUGAUAAAACUGUCCAUAGUAGUGUUUCGUUGAGUCAAAUGGCAAACCAGUUAAUAAUUGAAGAAUAAUAAGGCUUGUGAACAUGCCCACAGCCCAGUAUAAUACCGACAACAAGAGGCGAAUAAAUUGUUUCACAGGCUCUUUGAGUGGAAUACACUGCCUCUCAUAAGGUUUGUGACCGCAUGGAUGCAGCAGUUAUUGACAUUUUAUCUCAUUUACAUUCCAGACCAAAUUGUUUUCUACUCUUCCUCUUUCCCUUUUUCAAUCCAUAUCAGAAAUAAACGAAACAAAAUACUAUAAACAGAAGAAAAAAUAUACUAAUGAAACACACAGGAACAUAUUCAACUAUAUCGAAAUAAAAGCCCAGUGUCGAAGAUUUAUGUGUAUAUGUGCAAAGUUGAUCGAAUGAACCGACAUAACGUCAGAAAAAAUAAAUGUUUCAGUAAUUAUUUUCAAAUGCUGAAAAAACAGUAAAUUGAUUCCGCAUCGUAAUCUACCGUUCAAUAAGAUUAAUCGUUCAUUUUUGUCCGGUGAAUAAAGGCAUUAACAACGCUAUGACAAGAACCAAAUUUUAGUUGCUUUAGUAUAUUAUCUAUUUAAAUAUUAAUCUAAUGUUCAAAAGAAUUACCCAUGGCGAAUAAUUUGAAGAAGAACAAGACAAUUUAAGAAACGAAAGAAAAAUAAAAAAACGAUUCCCAGCUUCUUCGAAUUUGUCAAAUCUUCAUUCGUUUAGAUGAAGCGUAAUAGUCAGACUUUAUACUGAAGCUACUACAAACCGAACCUCUCUUUGGUUGCUGAAAAAUAAAUAAAUGUUCUUAAGUGACAUAAUAUAUUUGUUUAUCUACCAUGGUUCAUUUUUAGCCCUCACUCGAACAUACGAACGACGUGAAGCUUGCACUGGUGCGAUGAUCUGAGUUAAAAAAUUGGAACUAAUAGUAGAUCAGGAAUUCUUUCUAAUUUCGAUUGUUCAUCUUAUUUCACUACCGAAACCUAGUAUCACAGCUAUUGUUAGGAUCAAAUAUCGUAUGUGUACAUAGAAAGAAAACCAAAAACAAUUAUCAGAAAAUUUUCCUCUACCAAAUGUGGAAAUUAUCAAAGAUGUGCGCCGUCAAAUGUUAAAAAUGCCAGAUGAAUAGAAGAGGCUUUUACCCACCAUUACAGUAAUGUAUAAGCCAAGAGCGAACGAGUUGGGGAACAAUGCGAAAUAUAUAGAUGCGUUAGGAAAACUCUGAAAAAGUAGUAAUAAUAUGUCAGAAAAGAUUGAAAACGUGUGAGAAACAAUAGAAACAGAUGAACAAACCAAAACACUAAUUUAAGAACAGAUUGAAAAUGCUAUCUUGAACUUAUGUGAAAAAAACUAAAACAUAAAAUAUUGUAAAUUAUAUAUAAAUGAUGAAAAUGAUUAAUAAAAAAGAGAUGAACUAAAUCCUGGAUAUAAGGUGUUCGAUCUUAAA